AUGUUACUAGGUGGUGGGAACUAUGGGUACGCGGCACCUGAAUACGUGAGAACCGGGCAUCUGACAUCAAUGAGCGACGUGUGGAGCUACGGUGUGUUCCUAUACGAGCUCAUCACAGGGAGGCGGCCGUUGGAACGGAACCGCCCAAAAAAGGAGCAGAAGCUAUUGGAGUGGAUAAAGCCACACCUAUCGGAUGCAAGGAAAUUCGAGCAGAUAUUGGAUCCAAGGCUCAAAGCUGAAGGAAAUCACAUCCUUAAAUCAGCUAUGAAGCUAUCGAUAGUCGCUAAUCGCUGCUUGGUCCGUGCUGCCAAAACAAGGCCCAAGAUGAGCGAGCUGGCCGUAAUGGUCAAUGAAGUCGUCGAUGCAUGCUCAGGCUCAGGCUCAGGCUCGGGCCGUGUUGCACCACCUUUCAAGCGUAAUGAGCCAACAAGAAGGGUAAGGGACCGUACCGGGACCGUUGCUCGUCCCACCCGUCCUCGCACACGGAAGCUAGUCAACACUUAAUCAAACACUCACUAAAUUUGAGUAAGACUGUCAAGAUCUGGCUAAUAUAUAUUUUUAAAUUAAAUCUAUAAUAUUUUUGCCUAAA